AUGCUUUUCCAAGGAGGGCCUACUCUUGUGUCGGCCUCAACUGAGGAGGCAGACCUCCGCCAGGUGACCCGGAGGACGACGGGGAGCUUCUGGCUGAACCAACUGCUCAGGGCUUGCCGGCUGAAGGAUGCUGGUUAUCAGAGUCCGGCCCUCCGGGGGCAAGUCUCGGCCAAGCUGUGGCCUUUGGACGCCUUGAAUCGGCGCUACCAGCAGCUCGGGCGGUCCGGCGCUGGAGACGGCCUCGGCCUGCGGCUCCGGGCGGCCGUUCGGGAGGUCAACCAGCGCUGGGAGGCCCUGCAGCAUUUUGUGACUCAGUGGGAAGAGUUUGAAACCGAAAGAGAAGCCCUCCGGUUGUGGCUGACGGAGCUGAGCCUCCGGCUCAUGGAUGUGGAGCACUUCUCCGGAGGGACCUUGCUGGAGAAAAUGACCCGGCUGCAGGCCUUCCAGGAGGACGUGCAAGCCAAUGCGGAGCGCAUGGAUCGCCUGCUGGCGCAGGGAGAGCGCUUGAUCCAGAAGAGCCAGCCCGAGGAUGCUGAGCUCCUGGAGGAAGAGCUGCAGGACCUGAGCGGCUUCUGCCAGGAAAUCUUCUUCCGGGUCUUCUGCUUUUGGCAGCAACUGGUCAGCCUGAGUCUGGUCUUUGAGGACGCGUGGUUGUCGGACGGCGAGAGGGACCCGGAGUCCAGCUGCUUCACAGAGGAGUCCCUGGCAUUAGAUGGCCAGAGGGAGGCCGGAGCACCCUGGCCCCCCCUUGCGCCCCUGGGCCGACCCACCCCAGAGGAAGACCCACCCCUCUGCCACGCUCAUCAGGUGCCCAAGUUUGGUGGGGCCCUGGAGCUGGAGUGGGACCCUUCGGUGGACGUCGGGGGAUCCACAUCAUCACGCGAUGAAGAGGAUUCCUCCUCCUCCUCCUCCUGCAGUGCCAUCCCAGGAGUGGACCCAUGGGAAGAACCUCGCCCAGCGUGUCAGUCCUCUCUCUGGGGGUCCCGGCCUUUGAUGAAGAGACACGGCAGCCAAGAAGGCCUCUGGGCAUUGGGUGGCUUCCGAGGGCCCUGGGAGCAGCUGGCAGGCUCGGCAAGAGACCCAAAGAGAAGAGCGGCUGGCACAUCAGCAGGACUGCCCUCUGUGGUCAGAAAGGCUUGUCCGUGGGGGGCCCCAAGGUCACCGGUGAAGGAGGGAAGCUGCUGCCCAGUGGAACCAAUGGGAUUUGAGCCCCAGCGUCCAGAGACAUGGCUGGGCAAGAGCUGGCAGGAGGCGGCAGGCAGGCAGCUGGCAAGAGAAGAGAGCGAUGGCCGACGCCAGCGCUGUCGCCUCCCAGCGGGGGAAACAUAUCACCCAGCGCAGUCCCAAAGGAGCAGCCAGCCAGCCAAGCGAGGGAAACCUGAGCAGCUGGCAAAGAGGAGAGCCAAACGCCCCUUCUUUGCUCACCUUGGUUUGGGGAGCAACGGGCAGAUUUCCGUGAAGAAAUGGCCCAAUUCCCAGCCAGCAGAACCUGCAACCACCACGGAGAAGGGGUGCUCCCAGAACCUCCUACGAAGGUCCACCCUACGGGGGACGCUGCGGAUGAGGAUGCUGCUGCUUGCAGCCAGCCUGAUGCUGCUGCUGCUGGUGCUGCUGCUGCUCUGGACGGCCAGUUGUCCCUCCCUGGCCCAGUCCAUGCCCUCCUGUUUCCAGGCCAAGGGCUACGCCAGGUCUUUCUACCUCGUGCUCAAGCACAGUGGGCCACCACCCACUUAGCGAGAGUCAUGGGUCAUCAGGUGCUGAGACUUGGCUCCUCAGGAGAGUCUUGUCUCUGGGAGCGCCAGGCCUCCCCUGGCAGGGCA